AUGGAUGGCAAAAGAGAAUCAAAAAAAGAUUCGAAAAAGGGCUUCAAGAACAUGCUUUCGUUGCGCAAGAAAGAUGUGAGUGGGGGAGGCAGCGGAGCGGCCGAGAUGUACUCGCUAGAUCCCUCCACAAUGCCACAUUACAAUGAAGGUCACGAGUCCAGCGUCGGCACCGCUGGCUCUGGUGGCGCCUCGGGUCACAACGGAGCAUCACGACUCUCGCAAGACAGCAGUCUCAGCCAUUUGACCCCCGAGAAGAUUGAUGAACUUUUUGAGUCUAUGCUGGAGGACAUGAACUUGUCCGCGGAGAAACGCGCCCCCCUUCUCGUCAAACCUCUUGAGUUUAAGCUCAAUAUGCUAGCGUCAUCUAAGUAUGGGACAACCAAGACUAUCGCGAGCCCGAUGCAGUAUUGUAAGGACCUGCGUAAUGCCAAACUCUCUAGUGAGAAGGAGAUUUCCAAAACCCUUGAAUCCCUUAGAAUUGCUCUUUUGAAUGGUCGGGUUAGUUGGGUGAAGGAGUUUAAUAACAAGGAAAAUGACGGAUUAAAUCUUUUGCUUGAAUUUCUCGCGCCUACCCAAAACACAACGAUCACCUACUUGAGCCUAAAAUGCAUUCGAGCCUUGGGGAACUGCGGUUACGGUUUGUAUGCUUUGGUCGAUCAUGAGACUGCAUCAACUUUUAUCGCACGAUGCUUAAAUAUACAUGAAAUCCCCCUGAUGGAGUGUGCCCUCGAGUUGCUCUCCACAAUGGCGAUGUGCAGUCUGAAGGGUCAUCAAAAGGUUUUGGAAGGAUUGACAUUUAGUGCCGAGUUCACUGCUCAUCACCCGCCUCGUUUCGAGCCUCUUAUUAACGGCUUGGCUGUUUCCGAACUCGCCUGCGCCUGUCUACAGCUAAUCAACGUCAUCGUCUCUGCUCGUUUUUUGUCAGAGGAGACAAUCGAGCUCGAUUAUCGUAUACACCUUCGACUAGAACUAAGUAAACUCGGGUUAGCGCAACGCCUGUGCGAAUUAGAAAAGUCGGCUGAUCCCAAUGUAGCAAAUCAUGUGUCUAUUUACCGAAGUUUUGCUGAGGCGGAUACAGACGAGUUGUUUGAACGUUUCGAGGUGGCUAAGGCCGACCUCAGUGAACCGCGGCAAGUGUUUCAGUUACUUGAACGCUCUCUAGCCAACACAUCUUCUGAAAAGUCGUUUCUCUCCAUUCUCCAGCACCUGUUGUUUGUGAGAGAGGAGCCCUACCGAGAACAUUACUAUAAUCUGCUAAAUGAGCUUGUAAGUCAAGUGGUACUACAAACUGAUGGUGUUGAUAUUGAUCCUUCUUUGGGUCUUUUGCGACUGGAUAUUGAGGGUACCGUGAAUGCUUUGAUGGAAGCCUACAAGCAGUCGGAUGGUGGCGCUAACGCUAAAGCCAACGAACUGCAAAAGAAACUCGAUCAGGCAUUGCAAGAAAAACAGGAAGUUGAAGCAACGUUGGAACAGCUGCGGUCCAAGGUGAAAUCCGUUGAAGGAGGAAAUGAUGAGGCAGCAGGAGUUUCGCUACGCCCUCCAUCGCAAGCUCCACUUCCACCUCCUCCGCCACCUCCACCCCCACCACCCCCUCCCGGUUCCAGCACUUUCCCUCCACCUCCCCCACCCCCUCCACCUCCGAGCAUCCCACGUCCUCCCGGGGCACCACCACCACCACCACUCUCGGGCCUCAACGCAGCUCCUCCAUCUCUGCCCUACGGCAUGAAGGCGAAGCCAGUUUACAAGCCUAAGGUGCCCAUGAAGAAGGCGAAUUGGGACAGGGUGAGUGAAAAGGAUUUGGCUGAGGAUUCGGUUUGGGUGAAGAUGCAGGAAAACGAACUGGCUUCAGACGAUCUACUGCAGUCACUCGCUGAUAACUUCAACACGAAACCACCGAAGAAAUUUACCGAGAAUGGUGAAGGUGUUGUGGACGGUGCGGAGGAGAACGGUGGGAGGGUUGGUGCGGCCGUAGGUGCUGCGUCUGCUCUUGCAAGAAAAGCGAAGCAGAUCAGGUGCCUGGAUGGCAAAUCGGCACAAGCGCUCUCCAUCCUCCUGGGCUCACUCAAAAUUCCCUAUGACGAGUUGCGCAGACGCAUUGUUGAGGUAGAUGAAGCCCUUCUAACUCCCAACAUUGUCGAACAGUUGCUGAAGGCCUUACCAGAACCCGAGGUGAUGAAACAAGUGGUUGACAUGUCGGCUGAUUACAAUGAGCUUGCCGAGCCUGAACAAUUUAUAUGCAAAGUGGGAACCAUAAAGAAGCUAAUUCCACGACUGAAGUCAAUUCUCUUUAAACUGCGCUUCCAGGAGAAAGUUGAUGAUACUAAGCCUGAAAUCGUGGCUGUGAUUGAGGCGUUGAAGGAGCUUAGACAAAGCAAGCAUCUUGUGCGAGUGAUUGAAUUGAUCCUUCUUUUUGGCAACUACCUUAAUGCCGGAUCACGUAAUGCUCAAUCAGUUGGAUUUCACCUUUCGUUCCUACCGAAGCUGACUGAUACUAAAGAUGCGGUUGGUAAGACGACGCUCCUUCAUUUCCUUAUUCGUGCCAUUGAAAAGAAGUUCCCCGACACCGUCUUGGGCCUCGGUGAUGACUUGACCUACAUGGAACGGGCUUCACACUUCCCUGAAGAUGCGACUGGUGCCGCUAUUGUGGAGAUGAAACGUUCUGCGGCAGCCCUUGACAACGAUUUGCGAACGUAUACUAGUGAUGAUUCCAAUGACACCUACCCCACUGUGAUGAAGCAGUUUUUGGUGGAGGCACAGCAGCAAAUCGAGGUACUUGAGAACAUGUUUAAACGCAUGCAGGAGCGUUUCAUGGAGGUCGCAAGGUACUUCGCGUUUGACCCAACCAAGUACAACAUGGAGAGCAUGUUCUCCGACCUGCAGAAAUUCAUUACAGCCUACAAACAGGCAACGAUGGAGAUUCAACAACAACGUGAGUUUGAGGAGAAACAGAAGCGUCUGAUGGAGGAGCGGCAGAAACGCGAAGAGGAGAAAGCGCGUCUGCGGGCUGCUGGUUUGAGUGGGAGCGGCGUCACCCGGAAGCCAACGGAAGAGGACGGCAACGUCAUCGAUACCCUCAUGGAGUCACUCAAGAGCGGUGCUGCCUUUGGCCCAGGCAGCUCUGGUGGCCACCAGAGACGAGUCCGGAAUCGGCCCGCCCCACCUGAUGCCAACAUGUCCCCUGCAGCUGUUGCUCUCCGUCAGAACCUUGUUCGACAGCGAUCGAGGCGGUUUACUCGACCUGUUGAUGUCUGA